GAAAGGUCAAGUAAAGAAUUUCAAAAACGAUAUACCGCAAAUCAAUGACCUUUCGUUUAAUUGGAGGCAUUUAGUGUCCCUUGGGAGCUCGCGCGAGCUGAGCUGGGCACGGGCCUGCAAGAGCCAAGUCAGUGGGCUGUAAGUCGCUAAAGAGACCGUGACAACAUGGAUGCAGACGGAACAUCCAUGCAAGAUUCCUGGAUCGACGUGCCAGAAGGGAAGGAGGAGAAGUCCAGAGGGGACCAGGAUGAGGGCACCGAGGUAGGCAGUCUCACCCACAGUCGCAGUCAGCAGGAGAUGGAGCAGCUCCUGGCCAGUGCAGCCUCAGACGAUGAGGCAGAGGACAGCCCCGUCUCUGUCCCAUCAUUCACCAUACCAGAGCAGCACAUUGAGCAACAUGGUUCACAGCAAGUAUCUGCUAGUGCUAGAUCUGCAGUAGGAGAGACUCCGAGACACGCCUCAUCUGCUGCUGCAUCAGAGUAAGACUGAACCCCCACCCACUCUCCUUUAUAUACCAGUGAUUGACAUACUUCACCCCCUCCCCUACACAACACUCCACAUUACACUCACACAGUGGACUACAUUCAAGCUCUAGACUAAGAGGACUGUCCUGGCUCCUCGAAGGGUUAGCCACGAGACUCAAUAAACAACAAUGCGUCUAUCCACCCCUAUCUAUGUAUAUAGGGGUGUGGCAAACUUGUUGGUCCCGGUUCUGGUACUCACACAUCUGGCACUGUUUGGCUUGGGGUAAGCCAGCGACUCGUACACCAAGUUACCCCCACACUAUUUGCCCCAUCUUUCACCAUGUGUGUGUGUGUGUGUGUGUGACAGUUUCUACAUCGGACGACGGACCAACCUGGUGAAGACGAUGUAAGCAGCCAGCUCCAUGGCGAGUUGUGCUUCUCUCACUUGAUCCGGUAAUCUCACUAGAGCUGAUUCAUUUGCACUAGACAAUGUACUAAUUGCACAUGCUCAAUCAUGGGUGCCUACUUUACCUCAAGGGGCACUUGAAGUUUACAACAAUUUUUUUUCAGUUUUGUAAGUCAACAAUAAUUAUUUCCCGCAAUAAAUAUUAUUGAGAAGGCAAUCUGACACUAUAGACCUUUAUUAAAGUAGACAACUUUAGUGGACGGUGAUGAGUGUUGAAUCUUGUCUCUGAGGGGUUUCUCCAGAUUGGCCACCUGUAUGGAGCUGAAACAUGGCAAUACAUACUAAGCCUAGGACACAAGAUAGCAAUUUCCCUGUGUUACUUAAACCCUUUUGCAGAAUGCAGAGUUUGAAGCAAGAAAAACGGGUAUAUGGCUAAGACAUACGACAUCAUUUAUGUUAUAUUAUUACCUUGUC